CAUUUAAUUUUCGAUUUUCAUUUCUCUUUUGCUCACUUCACUUUUUUCCAGUUGACAGCCGUCACUUGAAGGAAUCCAUUGAACGUGCGGAAUUCUCAUUGCAAUUGGAGUUGUGGUUUGGCGAACAAAACGGCACCAGCGCAUUAUCAUUGGCCUCCACACGCACCUUACAGCUGAAUUUCCAUCCAGGUCGAGGGCUCCAUUACCAUCUACCGGUGCUGUUCGAUUACUUCCACUUGGCCGCCAUUAGCGUUGGCAUCCACGCCAGUUUAGUGGCUUUGCAUCAGCCCUACAUAAAGAAAACACUUUUCCGUUACAUGAAACUCUGCGCGCCUAAAAGCUCGAAAGCUUGGAGCGGCAAGCUGAACUGUCGUGGCAGUAUGUCGCCUGGUCCAUUGGAGGCGGUCUUUUUUGGGCCACAAAUUGUGGGCACCACUAAGUGCAGCGGUGGUCCCGCAGGACGUUUACUGCAAUCACGUCAAAUACAUCACGAAGUGUGUAGCCUACUGUUGGGCGCCAUUGAGAAUCUUAAGGUUACGCUCAACGAGUUCAGCGCAGUGCUUACGAAGAGCAUGAAUAAUCAAAUCGGCUCACCACCAUUACGCGAGAACGAUACCACGGAACGUUUGCAGCAUUUAACCGAAGAGGCGAAGCUACACGACACCGAAGAGGAUUUCGCUAUUCGUGCAAAUUCCGACAUCGCACAGCUAUGCGCCGAGUGUAUCAUGUACUGGCGGCGCGUCUUGCUCGCCUCCUCACAAACGGCCGUGCAUACACUGCUCGCCAAAAAGCAUCAUAUACUGCGUGUACAACGCUUUGCGGAAGGGUUUUUUGUCAACGAAAACCCGCGUCACUCGGCGGCCGGUUGCUAUGACAGCAACUAUCAGAAUUAUGUAGCCAUCGCAGAAAUGGCACGUCGUAGCCGUUAUCUACAGUCGCUGCCACCGCUACCGGUACACUGCACGCCGAUCGAUGGUGAUGCAAGCUCCUUACCAUUGAUAUUUGAAGAUCGCUACAUCGAACCGCCGAACUAUACGCGGCGUCGCACCGGCAGUGAUCCGCAUUUAAAUAGUCACGAGAGUUUGGUGAGCUCUUGUGGCAGCAACACAACGCCCAAACUACCACCGCCGCCAGCAGCGAGCAUGCUCGAUAAGACACACUCAGUUAACAGCCUCAGCGGGCGUAGUACUAAUUCCAAAGAAUGCUCGUGUACCGUUAAUUUUGAUUAUCAGAAUAGUCCCGGCUGUGUGGCUGGCGUGCUGACGCCGCGUUUCGCAUUGGGUGGUGAAGUCUUGCAAGCAAGUCUCACUAUUUCAACCACAGCAGCGACCAAAGUACCGAGUAAUAGCACGCUAAACCAUCGACAGAUGUCGCGGCACUCUGUUACCGGUCUACUUGAGGCUGACGAUGAUACAGUGACUGCAAAGGAAUGCAGUUACAAUGCUAAUAGCACGUUACCAGCGCGACACAGCAAGUCACUGGACCAACUGGAUGGCACAGUCCACAGCACGCCCUCCUUGCGCACACACAGUCACACACAACAGCUCAACAUGCAUGGUUCCUUACAAACGCAAUCAGAUUCAAAUUAUAAACACUUUAGUGAUGGCGCCAGCGUAUCCAGUUUGGCUAACAAGGUCGAACAAUCGGCGACGCGCAAGCAUAAAGCACAAGCUGAAGAUCUCAUGCGUAAUAUCUCGGAGUUCCGUCAGAAGUACAAGAACUGUGAAGAUGGUACACGCUGUGACACCAAACUGCUUUUAAAUGGACACGCUAAGGCCACAAAUAAUCUAGCUGUAAAUGGUUGCAACCGUGCCGACGUAAGCACACUUAACCGGCAGUUAAGUACGGGAAAAUUCGAUUAUUUGCACGAGAUACGCAUGCUGAACUCACCGAAGCAGCUAACGUUAUGCUCACAUUACAACUCGUUGCCAAAAUACAAUGGGAAUGGCUUGAUACCGCCGCGAAACUCAUAUCCACCCAUUAAGUCCAAGAAAAUAAAUGGUUGUAUAGAGAACGAAGCCAAAGCCGCCAAGCACAUAGUGACGCCAAUACAACAACACACAAUACCGCGUAGCAGCUCUUCACAAGCCUUACGUCAGAAGUCCCAAGGCGAUGUAAGCAGUCAAGCAGAGUAUGCGUCAACCAUACCGCGUUCGGUUGAGAUCGCACGGGUGCGUGUGUCUGAUCUCAAAGAAAUGUUGAAGAACGGUACACUCAAAAAGGAGUCAAGUAGUUCUGAAAGUGAUAUACCCUCAAAAGUGCAGUCCUCAAAAAGUAGUGACAAUAAAAUGCUCUCUUCUCUUAGUGUACCAUUUAAAUUAGAGUCGUUGAAUACGACUAGCAGCGAACAGAAUACUAGUGGUUUUAGCGAAUCAUUACCGAAUCUGGCGCCACCACCGCAAUUCGAUGCGAACACGGGGCAAAAGCGCAAACUUGUGCUAAGCAAUUCCACGUCGUCAUUAAGUGAGGAGAGUGGUUGGGUGUCCAGUCGGCGCAGUUCACUCGGUCCAUCUAGUCCAGAAACCAUAACAAAUAACGAAAAAAACGAAAAGAAUGAACAAGCACAUAUCAAUGGUAUGGAGACUCGCCUAAACGGCGAGCAACUACGUCUUAAAUUACAACAACUAUUGGAUCAGCAAGCUCAAAAGAGCAUUAAAAAGCACAGUACAGCAAAACAGUCGAGUCAAAAUCACAAAAACAAUGCCGCGAACAAUGAAAUAUCGAUACAACGUAAGGUCUCAUCCGUAACGCUGAAGAUGAAACCCGAUUUUAACAGAACCGAAUUGCAUUUACGACGCCGUCUGCAGCAUUUAACGAAUGGCGAAUCCACGGAAACGGAUGAUUUAGAAAUACCUGCACGGCGCGAACGUCUAAGACAUGGCAAACACGAGAAAUCGAAAUCAGAUUUCGAUCUAGCCAGUUUAAAAGAAAACACACCGCUAGAGAAUGUGCGCGUACCGCCACCACAGCAGUUCCAAGAUGAUUUGCUGCCACCCGAUGAAUUUCGUGAUCCACCAUUGCCCGGUACACAUGAGAAAUUUACGACAGACACAACGACUCCCACAAAUACAACAACCAUAAUCUCAACAAGACAUAAUAACAAUAAGAAAACUCCUACCACGCAGUCCGGAACGUCGAAAAUACAACCAAGCAACGAUAUCAAGUUGAUGCCGACACAAAUACCUAAAACAAAGCUAAAGCAUCAUCAAAGCUUUAAUAUCAGUCCAAAGAAGAAUCAGAGUCGUCCGUCGCAUACAACAACAGUGCAGACACAAAAACUAUAUACAAUGCAAAAAUCUUCGCCGACGACGACACUUCUUGCGAAACCGUCCCAAAUAAAAGAAAUUGCCACCCCGGAUCAAAGCCUUUUAAAACUCAUGGAGCCCUCGCACGCUAUCGACAACCCAGUCUAUCACAUUUACGAAUCGUUGAAACCCAUCGCCACACCUGCCAUAUUCACAAACAAACCGUUGUUAAAGUCACACAGCAUCUUAGAGCUGAAACAUAGUCAUCAACCGUCGAGUGAACUCUACAACAACCACUGCAGAUCGACACCACAUCAUCACAUCGCCAACGUAAACAAUGGUGUUACGAAUGUGACCCACAAUGGACACGGCCACAGUCAUAUGCACAAUCAUGAGCAUACCAACGAUCACACCAUACAUACGCAUGCGGUUGAACUCACCGAGGACGAAGAUAAGGAGAACACCAGCAACACACAAAAUAAAGCCAUAGUGGCGCGAACCGAUAGCCAAAAGUCGAACAGCUCCAAGGUGUUGGUUAAACGCACAAAAACCGCUGCUGUCGUCGGUAAUGGUCAAGAUUCCAAUGUUUCACUCAUGGAAUUUGAAAAAUAUCGUGAAGAAUUUCGCAAACAGAUCAAAUAUACCGGUAGCAUUUAUUCGGACUUUGCUAAGCUGGCUUCCGAACUGCCAUACUUUAGCAUUUGCGAUGAGUAUCGCGCCUUUUCGCCAAACGGUAUGCAUUUAAUUAUCUGUGUUCACGGGUUGGAUGGAAACGCCGCCGAUUUGCGACUCGUGCGUACUUAUCUUGAGCUCGGUUUGCCCGGCGCUAACUUGGAGUUUCUAAUGUCGGAGCGCAAUCAAGGCGAUACGUUUUCCGAUUUUGAAACAAUGACCGAUCGGCUUGUAGCUGAGAUACUAUAUCAUAUAGAAACAUGUGGUCUGAAUCCAACACGCAUUUCAUUCGUCGCACACUCUUUAGGUACGAUCAUAGUACGUAGCGCUUUGGCGCGUUCGCAAAUGCGUCCAUUACUACCGCGUCUACACACAUUCCUAUCGCUGUCUGGACCACAUUUGGGUACGCUAUACAACACUAGCGGGCUUGUCAAUAUGGGCAUGUGGUUCAUGCAGAAAUGGAAGAAAUCCGGCUCACUUUUACAGCUUUGUAUGCGCGACACAUCGGAUCUACGCAAUACGUUUUUAUAUCGUCUUAGUCAGCGCAGCACCCUGCAUCAUUUCAAGAAUAUACUGCUUUGUGGUUCGAGUCAAGAUCGUUAUGUGCCAGCGCAUUCAGCCCGUCUGGAGCUCUGCAAAGCCGCCAUACGUGAUAACUCCAAUCUGGGCACGGUUUACAGGGAAAUGAUACACAACAUAAUCGCACCGAUAUUGGCUCGCCCCGAAUUGCAGUUAGCGCGUUACGACGUCCAUCAUGCACUUCCGCAUACAGCAAAUACGCUCAUCGGUAGAGCAGCGCAUAUUGCUGUACUCGACUCGGAAUUAUUCAUAGAGAAAUUUUUACUGAUUGCCGGCUUAAAAUAUUUUAGUUAACCAAGAAAUAACUAGAAAUUUACCAACUACAAAUAGAGGGGAAAAAAGUUAGGUAUUUGCAUAAGAAAAACAUGGUACGAACACUUGGGUCACUUGUUAAACCCGGUAUAGUUAAAAGCUAUUUUGUAGUCGUAGUUGUUGAUACACGCUUUAGAGGUAGUUAGGUAUAUAGCUGGUAAGGGAAUCGUCGCAUUACGUAAGAAGAAAAAACUAUAACGAAGGAUUUGAGAAUUGGCUCGGCGUACAAAUUUUAUGUCUAUUUAUUUUGAAAAAAAAUAUAUUUUGUUUGAGGGGCUCUCAUUGUUUUAGCUAUGGGUUUCGAAUUGGGGGACCUACUUAUUCUGCGCGAAGAAAAACUCCUAUAAUUCAAGGCAGUUUUGAAAAUGUUAAGCAUUUCUGUCGUGGUUUAUAUCAUUUUUCGCCUUGGACCAAAAAUAAAUGUGGUCUUUGUAGAAUCUCGAAUAAGAUCUGGUCAAAUUGAUUAUACAUACCAAACACACAACGCUGUAAAGUAGAACGAAGUAGGACAUUGAUUUCAGUG